AUGUCGGGACCGACGCUCGACCACAUUGUCAUCCUCGUCUCGCAGGAGACGCUCGAGAGGCUGCCGACGAGGCUCCACGGCCUGCUGACGGUGGCCCCCGGCGGCGUCCACGCCGACGGCCUCACGUCGAACAAGCUGAUCCUCUUCGAGGAUGGCGUCUACAUCGAGUUCGUCGCCUUCUUCGCCAACGUCGACGCCGAGCGGCGACGGAGACACCGCUGGGGCCGGCUGCGGGAGGGCGCCAUCAUCGACUGGGCCUACACCCUGCCGUCCGAGGGCGGCUUCGCCUCGAUCCAGAUGAACGUGCUCGACGCCACGACGGGCAUCACCUACGACGACCCCGUCGCCGGCGGCAGGACGAAGCCCGACGGCACCAUGCUGCGGUGGGCCGUCGCCGCCGCGAGAGACAGGGCCGGGAACGAGACGUGGCCCGGACGGCUCCCUUUCUGGUGCCUCGACCGCACGCCGCGCCAUCUACGCGUGCCGUACGAGGAGGAGGGCCACUGGACGCGCCACGCCUGCGGCGCACGGGGCGUCUCCUCCCUGACGCUCGCGGUGCCGAACCAGGAGUUCGCCACGCUCUGUCGAGUGUACGACGCGAUGCACUACCAGACGGGCGCCCUGUCGUGGCACUUUAACGUCCCCUCGGAGUCGACCGUCGGCCGGCACGCGAUAUGGCUGCUCGGGGGGGGCGACGGCAUGUCGCCGACCAUCAAGCUGACGCUGCUCGGGGACGAGGCCGGCGCCUUUGAGCUCCUGCCAGGCUUGGUCGUCGAGAUGGAGAGGUGGAGGUGA